AUGUCGGUACUAGAACAGCUGAAAAAAGUGACUACGGUCGUGGCUGACUCAGGAGAUUUCAAUUCCAUAAAAGAAUUCAAACCCACUGAUGCAACCACGAAUCCUUCUCUCAUUCUUGGGGCUUCAAAAAUGGAAAAAUAUGCUCCUUUGAUGCAAGAGGCUGUAGCAUAUGCUAAAGAACAUGGAGCGGGGAAGACACCGGAGCAAAUACUAGAGUUGGCAAUGGACAGGUUGUUUGUAGUGUUCGGAAAGGAAAUUCUGAGAAUCAUUCCUGGUCGCGUGUCAACGGAGGUUGAUGCUAGGUUAUCAUUCGAUGUCAAAGCAUCCGUUGACAAAGCCUUAUCGUUAAUCGACCAAUACGAAAAACUUGGUAUAUCGAAGGAACGAGUUCUAAUCAAACUUGCCUCUACAUGGGAAGGUAUUCAAGCUGCCAAAAUACUGGAAUCACAACAUGGUGUUCAUUGUAAUAUGACUUUGUUAUUCAACUUCGAACAAGCGGUUGCAUGUGCCGAAGCGAAUGUAACACUUAUUUCUCCUUUCGUCGGAAGAAUUAUGGAUUGGUAUGUCAAGAAUACUGACACGAAGAAAUACAACCGUCACGAUGAUCCUGGAGUUAAGAGUGUUACACGUAUUUACAACUACUACAAGAAGUAUGGAUACAAAACUCAAGUCAUGGCAGCAUCAUUCAGAAAUACAGAAGAAAUUAAAGGUCUAGUGGGUUGUGAUCUGCUGACGAUCAGCCCAGCCUUGCUGCAACAACUUGCACAGGACCAGGAAGUCGUUCCGGUUGCUCUGCAGAGUUCUAACGCCGCUGGAAUGGACAUUCCCAAAAUCACAGUCGAUGAGAAGACAUUCCGAUGGGCUAUGAACGAGGAUGCGAUGGCAUGUGAGAAACUGGCUGAGGGAAUUCGCAAUUUCAAUAAAGAUGCUCGGUCACUCGAAAGCCUCGUCAAGAAAUUGCUCUAA